UAUUUGAACCGGCUAAAUUGUUUUGGUUACGUACAGAAUGUUUCGUGCGGUUCAAUUUCGUCUGGGCAUACGCCUUUAUUCUGUGAAGCCGGUGAAAAAGGAUGCCAAUAAGUAUACUGAUACAAUAAACCUGCCCAGAACCAAGCUUCCGAACCGUUUAAGUGCAGCCAAACGUGAGGAACUGGAACGAGAAAUUCUGGAUCAUAAGAUUGCGUCCGCUUACCAGUACCAGGAACAGCACAAACGUAAGCCCGCUUUUGUGCUACACGAUGGACCGCCGUAUGCCAAUGGCCAGCUGCACAUGGGUCAUGCUGUUAACAAAAUACUCAAGGAUAUUACGUUACGUCAGCGCGUGGCACAUGGACAGCAAGUGAAUUACAUUCCCGGCUGGGAUUGCCACGGCUUGCCCAUUGAGUUGAAGGCAACGAGUGCUGCGACGGGCGAGCGGAGUGCAUUAGAAAUACGGCAAAAAUCGCGUGCAUUUGCCUUGGAGGCCAUCGAAUCGCAAAAGGCAGAUUUUCGCAGCUGGGGCAUUUUGGCCAGCUGGCAGCCGGAGCAAAUCUACCUGACCUUCAAGCCAGAGUUUAUUGCAAACCAGUUGCAAAUGUUUUACAGUCUGUACGAGCGCGGACUUGUUUAUCGUGAUCUCAAGCCUGUCUACUGGUCACCCUCCUCCAAAACUGCUCUGGCAGAGGCGGAACUGGAGUAUGAUCCGAAAUUCGUUAGCCCUUCUGUUUACUUACGUCUCGUUUUAAAUGGCUUAGCAGCUGCUGAAGCUGCUCAGGGAAAACAAGUCUAUGCGCUAGUGUGGACAACAACGCCUUGGACACUGCCUAGUAAUCAGGCAAUCUGUUAUAAUAGUUCGUUGGAGUACGUGCUGGUCAAGCUGUUAGAUCGCAACCCAAAUGAACUUUACCUUAUGGCCUCAGCGCUGGUAGCUCACUUUGAGAACAGCACGCAACUGAAGUGUGAGGUUGUGGAACGCUUGCCUGGUAGCGCAUUAAAGGAUUGUAGCUAUCAGCAUCCCAUUGACAAAACCCAAGGAAAACUGCCAUUCUUUGAGGCUACGCAUGUGCAGGAUACUAAGGGCACGGGCUUGGUGCACACAGCUCCGGCUCACGGACCAGAUGACUUUCUGAUUAGCUUGGCCAACAAGUUGCCCGUCAAGUGUUACGUUAAUGAAUCGGGCAUCUAUACUCAGGAAGCUCCCGAAUUUUUGCGUGGUCAGUCAGUACUGGCGCAGGGAAAUCCCCUGGUGCUGCAACACAUUGCCGAUGACGUUGUGCAUGCAUCCCAGUUCGAGCAUUCCUAUCCAAUUGACUGGCGUACCAAGCAACCAGUGAUAAUCCGAGCAAGCGAACAGUGGUUCAUCAAUACGGAUAAACUGAAGGCGCCUGCAGCUGCCGCCCUGGAACGUGUGCAAAUCUAUCCCCGUGUCAAUGCUGAAUCUAGUAAAAAAGCGCUGCUGACUCAACUGCACAAGCGGCCCUAUUGGUGCAUCUCAAGGCAACGUGCCUGGGGUGUGCCCAUCCCUGUGCUGUACAAGAGAGACAACAACCAGGUGGUGCUCAAUGGUGCAUUGAUUGAGCACCUGUGUGGGCUAUUGCGAAGCGAGGGUUCAAUGGAUUUUUGGUGGUCCAAGUCCCUGGAAGAACUGCUACCGGACCAGCUCUUAAAGCAACUGGGUUGUGAAGCAAAGGAGCUUUGCAAAGGCAACGACAUAUUUGACAUUUGGUUUGAUUCGGGUAGCACUUGGUCUGCGGUACUAAAAGAUCAGCCACAACAAGUAGCUGAUCUGUAUUUGGAAGGCUACGAUCAGUUCACGGGAUGGUUUCAAUCGUCGCUCUUAACCAGCAUAGCUGCUCGCAAUUGCGCGCCCUACAGAGCUCUUUUUGUACAUGGCUUUACAGUGGACGAAAAGGGACAUAAGAUGUCGAAGUCAUUGGGCAAUGUCAUUUCGCCCAAGGAAAUAACUAAAAAAUAUGGCACCGAUGUCCUUCGUUGGUGGGUAGCGUCGCAUGGCACUCAACAUAUGUCCAUCACAGUCAGCGAUGAGCUGAUGCAACAGGCAGCCGAGAAUCUAAGUAAGGUGCGCGGAACACUGCGGUACCUCAACGGAGUCAUCAAUCAGAAGGAGCAGAAGCUGUGCAUGUCCAUAAAUGAUAGCUAUUUGAAUAAAUUCCUCUUGCAUAGCCUGGUGGAAUUCGAGGAGGAGAUCGAGAAACUCUAUAAUGCAUAUGAGUACAAUCGCGUUGUGGCUUGCAUUCAGAAUUUCAUUGCGAAUCAGGUAUCAAGCAUAUACGUGCAUUUGAUUAAGGAUCGUCUGUACUGUGGCAACAAGCAGGAGCUGCAGGAUAUUCGCUACACGCUCACCCAGUGCUACAGGCAAAUUUGCAAGGCAUUGUGGCCCAUAGCGCCGUAUCUAACUGAGGAGAGUUGGAGCUAUUACGAGCCGACUGGCAGUGCCUUUCACGAGGAGACAGUGCAAGCUGACAAGGAUUGGAGAAAUGUCCAAGCUAGCCGAAUAGUAAAUGCAGCAUUGGAUAUCAAACGGCUUGUCAACCAACAGGCAGGCGAUGUCAAUAGCUGGCAUCUUGCCGUGAGCAUUAAAUGCUGCUCACCGGAACAACAGAAAAUGCUCACCGCAUUGCAUGGUCAGUUGACUGUGCCAGUUGCGAAUUCAGAGCUCUGUGAGAUUCUGCAAGUGGGCAGUGCUACAGUUGAGUCUGAGCUAGACUCAUCAAUGGAGAUAGCUAUGGUUAGGCUGGAAACGUUGGAAGCGUCGCUCUGUCCUCGUUGUCGACGCUUUAGCAUUGUAGAUUAUGCGAUUUGCGGCAGAUGCUCGGAAAUAUUAUCUGCCAAGAAUUAAUUUAAUAAUAUUGUUGUGUAGGUCAUUUAUGUAAAAGGUAAUACGUUUUGUAUAU